GCCGCCGCCGCCGCCGCCAGGAGCCGGGCCUGACCGCCCGCUGCCCCGCGCCGGCCGCAUGGCGCUCCGAGGCUUUUGCAGCGCCGAUGGCUCCGACCCCUUCUGGGAGUGGAAUGUCACGUGGAACACCAGCAACCCCGACUUCACCAAGUGCUUUCAGAACACCGCCCUUGUGUGGGUGCCUUGUUUGUACCUCUGGGUCUGCGCCCCCUUCUACUUCCUCUAUCUCUCCCACCAUGACCGGGGCUACAUUCAGAUGACACAUCUCAACAAAGCCAAAACUGCCUUGGGAUUUUUGCUGUGGAUCAUCUGCUGGGCAGACCUCUUCUACUCUUUCUGGGAAAGAAGUUGGGGCAAGUUCCUGGCCCCAGUGUUUCUGGUCAGCCCAACCUUCUUGGGCAUCACCAUGCUGCUUGCUACCUUUUUAAUUCAGCUUGAGAGGAAGAAGGGAGUCCAAUCCUCAGGGAUCAUGCUCACUUUCUGGCUUAUAGCCCUACUGUGUGCAUUUGCCAUCCUGAGAUCCAAAAUCAUGAGUGCCUUUAAAGAGGAUUCUGGAGUCGACAUGUUUCGUGAUGUCACUUUCUACAUUUACUUUUCCCUCGUGCUGAUCCAACUUGUGUUGUCCUGCUUCUCAGAUCGGUCACCCCUGUUCUCUGAAACCAUCAAGGACCCCAAUCCUUGCCCGGAAUCUAGCGCCUCCUUCCUGUCCAGGAUCACUUUCUGGUGGAUCACAGGGUUGAUUGUCCGGGGCUACCGCCAGCCCCUGGAGGUCACUGAUCUCUGGUCCCUGAAUAAGGAGGACACGUCAGAACAAAUUGUGCCCAUUUUGGUAAAGAACUGGAAGAAGGAAUAUGCCAAGUCCAGAAAGCAGCCGGUAAAGGUCGUGUACUCCCCCACGGAUUCUGCCAAGCUGAAAGGGAGCUCCAAGAUGGACGUGAAUGAGGAGGCUGAGGCUUUGAUUGUCAAGUCCCCACAGAAGGAGCGGAAGCCGUCCUUGUUUAGGGUGCUAUACAAGACCUUCGGACCCUACUUCCUCAUGAGCUUCUUGUUCAAGGCCCUCCACGACCUGAUGAUGUUUGCUGGCCCGGAGAUCUUAAAAUUGCUCAUCAACUUCGUGAGUGAUAAGAAGGCCCCAGCUUGGCAGGGUUACUUCUACACGGCGCUCCUGUUCAUCAGCGCCUGCCUCCAGACCCUCGUGCUGCACCAGUAUUUCCACAUCUGCUUCGUCAGCGGCAUGAGAAUCAAGACUGCCAUCAUCGGGGCCGUGUAUCGGAAGGCCCUUGUGAUCACCAAUUCAGCCCGAAAAUCCUCCACUGUUGGGGAGAUCGUCAACCUCAUGUCUGUGGACGCCCAGCGGUUCAUGGACCUGGCCACGUACAUUAACAUGAUCUGGUCAGCCCCUCUGCAAGUCAUCCUUGCUCUCUACCUCCUGUGGCUGAACCUGGGCCCCUCCGUCCUGGCUGGGGUGGCUGUCAUGGUCCUCAUGGUUCCUGUAAAUGCUGUGAUGGCCAUGAAGACCAAGACCUACCAGGUGGCUCACAUGAAGAGCAAAGACAAUCGGAUUAAGCUGAUGAAUGAAAUUCUCAACGGGAUCAAAGUGCUAAAGCUUUAUGCCUGGGAGCUGGCAUUCACAGACAAGGUGCUGGCCAUCAGGCAGGAGGAACUGAAGGUGCUGAAGAAAUCUGCCUACCUGGCAGCCGUGGGGACCUUCACCUGGGUCUGCACACCUUUCCUGGUGGCCCUGUCCACGUUCGCUGUCUACGUGACCAUCGACAAGAACAACAUCCUGGAUGCACAGAAGGCCUUCGUGUCCUUGGCCUUGUUCAACAUCCUUCGCUUCCCCCUGAAUAUUCUCCCCAUGGUCAUCAGCAGCGUCGUGCAGGCAAGUGUUGCCCUCAAGCGCCUCAGGAUCUUUCUGUCCCACGAGGAGCUGGAUCCCAGCAGCAUCGAACGGCGGCCCGUCAGAGAUGGUGGAGGUACGAAUAGCAUCGCUGUGAAGAACGCUACGUUCACGUGGGCCAGGAGUGACCCUCCCGUGCUGAAUGGCAUCACCUUCUCUGUUCCGGAAGGUUCCUUGGUGGCCGUGGUAGGCCAGGUGGGCUGUGGAAAGUCAUCCCUGCUCUCUGCGCUCUUGGCCGAGAUGGACAAGGUGGAGGGGCAUGUGGCUAUUAAGGGCUCAGUGGCGUAUGUCCCCCAGCAAGCCUGGAUUCAGAAUGAUUCCCUCCGAGAAAACAUCCUUUUUGGACGCCAACUACAGGAACAGCAUUAUAAGACUAUAAUAGAAGCCUGUGCCCUCCUCCCAGAUCUGGAAAUCCUGCCCAGUGGGGACCGGACAGAGAUUGGUGAGAAGGGCAUGAACCUGUCUGGGGGCCAGAAGCAACGCGUGAGCUUGGCCCGGGCCGUGUACUGCGACUCCGACAUCUACCUCCUCGAUGAUCCCCUCUCGGCAGUGGAUGCCCAUGUGGGGAAACACAUAUUUGAAAAUGUGAUUGGCCCCAGGGGGCUGCUGAAGAGCAAGACGCGGCUGCUGGUCACGCACGGGAUCCGCUACCUGCCGCAGGUGGAUGUCAUCAUCGUCAUGAGUGGCGGCAAGAUCUCGGAGAUGGGAUCCUACCAGGAGCUGCUGGCCAGGGACGGGACCUUCGCGGAGUUCCUGCGCACCUAUGCCAGCAGUGAGCAGGAACAGGAGGAGCAGGACAGCGGGUCAGCAGGCAUCAGCGGUCCAGGGAAGGAGGUGAAGCAGAUGGAGAAUGGCAUGCUGGUGAGCGAUGCCAUGGGGAAGCAGCCGCAGAGACAGCUCAGCAACUCCUCCUACAGCGGGGACACCAGCCGGCACCACAACAGUGCCACUGAGCUGCAGAAAGCUGGAGCCAAGGAGGACACCUGGAAGCUGAUGGAGAGAGACAAGGCUCAGACAGGGCAGGUCAAGCUGUCCGUGUACUGGGACUACAUGAAGGCGAUCGGGCUCCUCCUGUCCUUCCUGAGCAUCUUCCUUUUCCUGUGUAACCAUGUCGCCGCUCUGGCCUCUAACUAUUGGCUCAGCCUCUGGACCGAUGACCCCAUUGUCAACGGCACCCAGCAGCGCACGGAAGUCCGGCUGAGCGUCUAUGGAGCCCUGGGCAUUUUGCAAGGUGUCACGGUGUUUGGCUACUCCAUGAUGGUGUCCAUUGGGGGGAUCUUCGCCUCCCGCCACCUGCACCUGGAUCUGCUGCAUAAUGUCCUCCGGUCGCCCAUGAGCUUCUUCGAACGGACUCCCAGCGGGAACUUGGUGAACCGCUUCUCCAAGGAGCUGGACACGGUGGACUCGAUGAUCCCGCAGGUCAUCAAGAUGUUUAUUGGCUCCCUGUUCAGUGUCAUUGGUGCCUGCAUCAUCAUCCUGCUGGCCACUCCCAUCGCUGCCGUCAUCAUCCCCCCCCUGGGCCUCAUCUACUUCUUUGUCCAGAGGUUCUACGUGGCCUCCUCCCGGCAGCUGAAGCGCCUAGAAUCAGUGAGUCGCUCCCCUAUCUACUCCCACUUCAAUGAGACCUUGCUGGGAGUCAGUGUCAUUCGCGCCUUUGAGGAGCAGGAGCGCUUCAUCCACCAGAGCGACCUGAAGGUGGAUGAGAACCAGAAGGCCUACUACCCCAGCAUUGUGGCCAACAGGUGGCUGGCCGUGCGGCUGGAGUGUGUGGGCAACUGCAUCGUCCUGUUUGCCGCCCUGUUCGCUGUGAUCUUCCGGCCCAACCUCCGUGCUGGCUUGGUGGGCCUCUCCGUGUCUUACUCACUGCAGGUCACCACUUACUUGAACUGGCUCGUGCGGAUGUCGUCUGAGGUGGAGGCCAACAUUGUGGCUGUGGAGAGACUCAAGGAGUAUUCAGAAACGGAGAAGGAGGCUCCCUGGCGAAUCAAGGAGAUGACUCCACCCAGCACCUGGCCCCAGGUGGGCCAAGUGGAAUUCCGGGACUAUGGCCUGCGUUACCGAGAGGACCUGGACUUGGUUCUCAAACACAUCAACGUCACCAUCAGAGGAGGGGAAAAGGUUGGCAUUGUGGGGAGGACGGGAGCUGGGAAGUCGUCCCUGAUCCUAGGCUUGUUUCGGAUCAACGAGUCUGCCAAGGGGGAGAUCAUCAUUGACAACACCAACAUCGCCAAGAUUGGCCUGCACGAUCUCCGCUUCAAGAUCACCGUCAUCCCCCAGGACCCCGUUUUGUUUUCGGGCUCCCUCCGCAUGAACCUGGACCCAUUCAGCCAGUACUCAGAUGAAGAAGUUUGGAUGUCUCUGGAGCUGGCUCACCUGAAGGACUUCGUGUCGGCCCUGCCCGAUAAGCUGAACCACGAGUGCACAGAAGGCGGGGAGAACCUGAGCGUUGGACAGCGUCAGCUCUUAUGCCUGGCCCGCGCCCUGCUAAGGAAGACGAAGAUCCUUGUGUUGGAUGAGGCCACAGCGGCCGUGGACCUGGAAACAGAUGACCUCAUUCAGUCUACCAUCCGGACCCAGUUUGAGGACUGCACCGUCCUCACCAUUGCCCACCGGCUCAACACCAUCAUGGACUAUAAGAGGGUGAUCGUCCUGGACAAAGGAGAAAUCCGGGAGUAUGGCACCCCAUCUGACCUCCUGCAACAGAGAGGUCUCUUCUACAACAUGGCCAGAGAUGCUGGCUUGGUGUGAGCCCUGGAGCUGGUGUGUCUGGUCAGAACCGCAGGGCUGACAUACUAGCACAAAGGGGCUAGUCUGCAUCGUCGGGAACCCAAGCCUCGCAUAUACAGAAACCAAAAAUAAAAAACUAAAAACCCAAAACACACACACAGCAAGCACCGUCUGGCUCCCCACCUGGAACUGGCCUUGAAGAAACAGGAGAGACACAAAGAUGCCACCCACCCAAACCACUCACACCCUUUCUUUGCCUGUGUUACCCUCACAAGGCAUACACACAAUCACACACUCCUGGAAAUGCACACUUGUGCUCCUGGUGCUCUGUGAGGAGUUUUUGGCAGCCAGACUUCAAGAAAAAUUGGUUGGGUGAGAUAUGCUAGUGACCAAAUCCAGCCAGCUGCCUCAGAUCUCCCAGCCAAAGUCUGUGGGUUCUGAGGCUUUGAGACGCUUCCUGGCUGCUGGCCGCCGGCAGCUCUUCACGGCCCCUCUGAUGCCCCCGGCCCGGCUCUACCCAGAAUGCUUCAUUUCCUCUGGGCUGCAGUUCGGAGAUAAGAGCCCAGGUGAAGAUCAUUCUCACCCUUGGGCGGUGUCCGCAGGGCCACGGACAUGCCACUCUCGCCAACCAUCCGGUCUUCCUGGCACUCCCAUUCUGUGGCCCAGCGUCUCAGUACCGCCCCCACCAGGACUUGGCUGGACCUGCAGGCGAUCUGGAUCUGGAGCUGCAUGCCUGGUGAUCGGUCUUCUCAAUGCAACUUCCCAGUAUGGUUGCUCACCUCCUCGCCCACUCCAGUCUUGUCUUUGCUUUCUUUUGUACCUGUUUUGGCCCAUUGCUAGAAUGGGUUUACUCCUCUAGGUACUGGAAAGAAAAGAGUUGCUACUGAUUAGGAAGCAUUCAAAGCCAAGAGCACCAGGUGUCUCUCAGGUACAACCAGCUUGUACUGUAAAGAGGCCCAUUGAGUCUCCUCCUCAUUUUUAGAUUUUGAUUUCUCACCCUGGGCAUCUCUUUAGUGCAAGGGUGGCAGUUUGGAAAACUUGACAUUUAGUUACUUAGUCUCUUCCAGGAGAAAGAACCUAUUCAUGAAUGUCAGUGAAUUCUUCUUUUCUUCUUUUUUCUGUUAAGUGCUGCUUCAAGGAGACUUUCAUUUCUUGGGAGGAAAAUUAGGCCGAGGGGCAGCAUUCCCAGGGAACGGCUGAGUUGGCCCAGCAUCUGACAGUUGGUCUGCAUGUUCCUGGAAGAAAACAAACAAUCCUUCAAGGUUUAUUCUUUAGGUCCCUUGGGGACCCAAGUGAGACCCAGAAAGCAGAGAGAGGUCACUGCUGCUCCAAGAUUCAUACUUGCUAUGAAUUAUAUUGCUGACUUCACACCCAGAGAAGCAUCUGUCUUCUUUUAGGUGGAAAUAUAUAUUUAUUUUUUUUUUGUAAGUUAUACCAUUCUUUCACAUAGGUAAACCAAGUUUUUCUUGGGGAUCUUUUUGUAAUGGCUUACACUGGAACCAUGAACAUUUGCCAAUAAUUUGCAGUAAAAAAAUAUUUUCUUUCUAAA